AUGUUCAAAUCAAGGUACGCAAAUGGCCAGGGUGAUUAUAUGACAGGAUGUUGCGAAUGCAAUGAUGAAGUUUCGAAGAGGCUGACUGGACGGGGGGCUGGCCGAGUUGCCGAGGCACGUCUCGCAGGCGUUUUCCCCGACCCGACCGAGGGGUGGCCCCGCCUGAUCUGGGGUCUCUUGCUGUUCGAGGCGGGAUCUCAACUCAGUUGGUUUCUGGCUCUCGGCUCAUCUACCAACAAGUCUCGUUGUCCGAUCUGCGCGGCUGACUUCACCUUUCGGGCUCAGCUAAAGGAUCUUGCUGGGCAUCUCUUAACCAGAAAUCAAGCUUCGUUGGAUUCCAUUGCGUUGGGUGCCAAACUGCCUCAGCCCCUCACCAAGUCGGCUCGCACUACAUCACUGGGCCGUCUCCUCACAUCGAUGGCCUUGAUAAGAGUCCUCGUGUUGGAAUAUGGAAAUGAAGAGGGAGGUUGGACAAAGUACUAG